AUGCCAUCGGCGCCGCCAUCACCUCCCCCUGCUCCAUUGCCCUCGCUCCUAUGGCGCCUAGCGGACCUGUAUAGCGGGUACAUCCUCCCCCGCCUGCCGGAGUCGGUGCAAACCCUGUCCAACAACAUCACACCGUUCGUGACGUCGAUCUUCUCGGCCGUUGGAGACGGCGACAUAGUCUCCCUAGCCGCCUUUUUGUUGACGGUCUACCUGACGCUCAAGAUCGCCGACUACAUCCGCCGCUCGGUGAUCGGCUGGGUAGUCCUCCUAGCCAAGAUCGCGCUCGUCCUGAUGGCGCUGCAAUGCGUCUUCUACGUCAAUCGGUACGGCUGGCACAAGGCUUUGAGUGAUGCCGAGUGGGCGUUCAGGAUUCUCUGGGGGUACGUGGAGGAUAAGGUCAUGAACAAUACGCGGGCGGGGGACGGGAGUGAUAUUAACAGGACUGGUUGGUACGCUGGCGGCGGCGGCGGUGGUGGACGCGCGGGAUAUGGAGCAGCUCGAGGUCAGAGUCCGUGGAGCGCGUAUGCUGGUGGUGCAAGGCAACAGGUUCCUGUCGCGCGGGGACGACCAAAGGGAAGAAAUGGCUUUGGAUGGACGUGA